AUGGAUAAAAAGAAAGAAUUUGAAAGGUUAGAAGCACAAAAGAUUGAGAGAAGUGACGACCUUGCGCUGCAGCUAAACAAUAGCAACAAUUUUGUAGCUGCUAUUGAUCGGAACUGGUACCUCUAUGGUGGCCCCGCCUUAGAAAGGGACAUUCACCAGUUGGUUACAACACAGACUGUGAGUCUCUAUGGUAAAAUACUUGACAACCGAAAUGUUAUAUCAUCUGUUCAAAAAACGUGCAAGAAGCAGAUGGAAAAAAUAUGGAACAGGGUUAAUCCUAAUGAGGCUUAUGAACUGCUUCUUCUCCGACAUCCGGAAAAAAGUUUGAAGCUUCAAAAAGCACCAAAAUUGAUCUACUCUCGGCUGCCAAAAGGCGAACUUCUUUCUUUUACCAGUAUGAAACCAAUAACCCCAACAGGUAUCCAGACCCACAUGAAUGACAAUCUCGAUGUGGAAGGAGCCGUGGCCAGAUUCAAAGGUGUUUUUGCGCAUGAUCAAGAGAAACAAGGAGAGGUCUACAAAGAGAUUUUGUGCGCCAAUGUUAUAACCCUUGGUCAUGAUGAUACAGCCACUGAUAGAACCAAAGGACAAAAGCAAGAUGUCGGAUUUUCCGAGACCACCAAGCAAUGGGAAGAGACAUUUGGUUCAAGCUACUAG